UUUCUUCCCCCACCUCCCCGCUCCCUUUCUUGUGUCGUUGAGAGCAGUAGUGUAGAUUUGAUAGAAAUUGCCAUUCUCCCUUUCCUUGGACUGUCUGAACCUGUAGAGGAUACCACAGCAAUGCUGGACUGCAGUGACUACGUUCUAGACUCAAGAAUGAACAAUCCGUCAGAAACCAGUAAACCAUCAAUGGAGAGUGGAGAUGGGAACACAGGCACACAAACAAAUGGCCUGGACUUUCAAAAGCAGCCUGUGCCUGUUGGAGGACCAAUCUCUACAGCCCAGGCCCAGGCCUUUCUUGGGCACCUUCAUCAGGUCCAGCUCGCUGGAACAAGUUUACAGGCUGCUGCUCAGUCCUUAAAUGUACAGUCUAAAUCUAAUGAAGAAUCUGGGGACUCUCAGCAGCCAAGCCAGCCUUCCCAGCAGCCUUCAGUGCAGGCGGCCAUACCCCAGACCCAGCUCAUGCUGGCCGGAGGACAGAUCACUGGGCUCACGUUGACGCCAGCCCAGCAACAGUUAUUGCUACAACAGGCGCAGGCACAGUUGCUGGCAGCUGCAGUGCAGCAUUCAGCCAGUCAGCAGCACAGCGCUGCUGGUGCCACCAUCUCGGCCUCUGCUGCAACGCCGAUGACGCAGAUCCCUCUAUCUCAGCCAAUACAGAUUGCACAGGAUUUGCAGCACUUGCAGCAGCUUCAGCAACAGAAUCUCAACCUGCAACAGUUUGUGUUGGUGCAUCCAACAACCAACUUGCAGCCAGCACAGUUCAUCAUCUCACAAACACCGCAGGGGCAGCAGGGUCUCCUGCAAGCGCAGAAUCUCUUAACGCAACUACCUCAGCAAAGCCAAGCCAACCUCCUGCAGUCUCAGCCAAGCAUCACCCUUGCCUCGCAGCCAGCAACCCCAACACGCACAAUAGCAGCGACCCCCAUUCAGCCACUUCCACAGAGCCAGUCAACACCAAAGCGAAUAGACACUCCCAGCUUGGAGGAGCCCAGUGACCUUGAGGAGCUUGAGCAGUUUGCCAAGACUUUCAAACAAAGACGGAUCAAACUUGGAUUCACUCAGGGUGAUGUUGGGCUCGCUAUGGGCAAACUCUAUGGAAAUGACUUCAGCCAAACUACCAUCUCUCGCUUUGAAGCCUUGAACCUCAGCUUUAAGAACAUGUGCAAGUUAAAGCCACUUCUGGAAAAGUGGCUCAAUGAUGCAGAAAACCUCUCAUCUGAUUCAACUCUCUCCAGCCCAAGUGCCCUGAAUUCUCCAGGGCAAGGAAUCGAAGGCGUGAACCGUAGGAGGAAGAAACGCACCAGCAUAGAGACCAACAUACGUGUGGCCUUAGAGAAGAGUUUCCUGGAGAACCAAAAGCCUACCUCGGAGGAGAUCACCAUGAUAGCUGACCAGCUAAACAUGGAGAAGGAGGUGAUCCGCGUUUGGUUCUGUAACCGGCGCCAGAAGGAGAAAAGGAUCAACCCACCCAGCAGUGGUGGAACCAGCAGCUCGCCCAUCAAAGCAAUUUUCCCUUGCCCGACCUCACUGGUGGCAACCACGCCAAGCCUUGUGACUAGCAGUGCAGCUACUACCCUGACUGUCAAUCCUGUGCUCCCUCUGACCAGUCCUGCUGUAACUAGUUUGUCAGUCACAGGCACAACAGAAACCACCUCCAACAACACAGCAACAGUGAUUUCAACGGCACCUCCAGCUUCUUCAGCAGUGACAUCACCCUCCCUGAGUCCUUCCCCUUCUGCCUCAGCCUCCAUUUCAGAGGCAUCCAGUGCCAGCGAGACCAGCACAACACAGACAACCUCCACUCCCUUGUCCUCCCCUCUUGGGACCAGCCAGGUGAUGGUAACAGCAUCAGGGUUGCAAACAGCAGCAGCAGCCGCAUUACAAGGAGCUGCACAGUUGCCUGCAAAUGCAAGUCUCGCUGCCAUGGCUGCUGCAGCAGGACUAAACCCAGGCUUGAUGGCAUCCUCACAGUUUGCAGCUGGAGGUGCCUUACUCAGUCUCAAUCCAGGGACAUUAGGUGGUGCUCUCAGCCCAGCCCUGAUGAGCAACAGUACACUGGCAACUAUUCAAGCUCUUGCAUCUAGUGGCUCUCUUCCAAUAACAUCACUGGAUGCAUCUGGAAACUUGGUGUUUGCCAAUGCUGGAGGUACUCCUAACAUCGUAACUGCCCCUCUGUUCCUGAACCCUCAGAACCUUUCUCUGCUCACCAGCAACCCAGUUAGCUUGGUCUCUGCAGCUGCAGCCUCCGCAGGGGCCUCUGGACCAGUUGCCAGCCUUCAUGCCACCUCCACCUCAGCUGAGUCCAUCCAGAACUCUCUCCUCACGGUGGCCUCUGCGAGCGGGGCCACGUCCACCACCACUACUGCCUCCAAGGCACAGUGAGCUGGGCUGAGCUGUGCUGCCAGCAGCCUUUUUCACUGUGCAGUGGGAUUGGCUGCCAGUGGGGUUUAUGAACUGAAAAAUGUGAUGGUCAUCCUCUCACCGUGUUGCUGGGGACAAGGGAGAGAAGGAGAAAUAUUAAAAAAAAAACAAAAACAAAAACAACACAAAAACAAAACAAAAAAGCAAAAGCAAAACAGGAAGGAUUUAAAGCUGGGACAGACAUUUGCCUAAUUUUAUAAUAAACACUGUCUUUUCAGGAUCGCUUCAUGGAUCGGAGAACUUUCUAACCAAAAAUGUAAAAAAAAAACAAACAAAAACAAACAAAAAAAAACAACAAAAAAAAAAACACAAAACAAAACAAAAACAACAAAAAAAAAAACCAACACAAAAAAAGUGAAAGGACUACUUAUCAUUUCCAGCAGUCACAAUGACAAGUUAAGGUGGGUUAUCAGUUCAAACAUAGGACGGGGAUUUCUUGUUCCUUUUUGGUCUAAAUAUCUUUCUUUUUUAAUUAUCAUUUUAUUGGUCUGUUGUACAGGCCAUUAUGUCAUACAAGGUGUUUAUAAUCGUAUCAAUCUUAUUGGGGGUUCCUUUCUUAACUGGUACAAUUUAGGCAGGCCUGUAUUACUGGUGUAUCUCUAUUAUUAUUAUUAUGAUUAUUAUUAUUAUUAUUUUUAUAUAUAUAGU